GGCGGCGGCGGCGGCGGCGGCGGUGGAGGCGUUCCGUUGGCUCCCGGCCCAGCGGUGGUGGCCGCGCCGGUGGCAGCAAGGCUGUAAGUCAGUCACUGGCGUGAGCUCGCCCUGGCUGGGUGCAAUGUAGGCUUCAUGGACACGUGCUGGAGCUUAGGACGACGCUACGGCGGUAGUGAGCUGGUGAAGAUAAUUCAUGGCUGAAGAGACGAAAGACUGAACGACAAUCGCCCCACCGAUCUACAAGCGGUGACCCUGUGACGUCAUGAUUCGUGUGGAGGUCUCUGGAGCCGGGCCGUGCUCCGGCCUUCUGCUGCUGCCUCCAAAAACGGCCGCCAGGUGGCAGGUCGUUCGCCGUCGGCUGGCCUGCCAUCAGCUGGUGAUUCUGGCCGAGACGCUCCUACAGCUGGCGGAAAAACAUUGCAGGCAGGAGGCUCCAGCAGAAGAGCUGCCUUCAACAUACCCAUCGGGCGCAUCUUCCUCCACCAAAGAGUCUCGAAAUGAGGACUACUCAGUGUCAGAUCCAUCUGUGUCUGCUAGAGGUCUCUCCAAUCAACCGAACCUGAGUGAACAUUCUCAGAGUGGCAGCAUCUGUGACCUGCGGCCAGCUGAGCGACACCAGAGGUCAGAGGUCACCUGGGGUCACGACCUGACCUCAGGUCAACUCAGCGGCGCUAGCCAUCAUUUGGAGGGACAUCUAGCGCCGGACUACGACGCUGAAUCCGGACCAGCACGAGAAGACACGAGACCUUCCCCGAUCUUUGAAACGUUAAAUGGAGAUGCAGGAACAAGGUGGCAGGACACCAAUUCCAGUCACGUGAUGUCCCACGUUGAGGUAGGACGAAGUCAUGUGACCUCACAUACCGCAGCACCGCUUGAUUACACGGCAGGCCAAUCGGAAAUAUCACGUGAUCCUGUGCUAGAGCAGCCGGUGAUGCCACGUGAUCAACAAGUGAGUGUCAUUCUCAGUGCUGAUUCGGUGGACAGGGCGAUCAACCACGCUAUCAAUGACGAACAGCUGAUGCAGGAGAGCCUCCAUGAUACGCAAUUUCCAAAUCAGCCGGAAGAUUUGGCCAGGACAGAGGAUAAUUUAGCGUAUGGUCAUCGACCCGCGAAUGAGCGAGAGGAACUUGGCAAUAAGCUGCAAUCAGCAGGAGGGUUUGACGCCAACUCUGAUCGUCGGUCACGGCUCCGUCCGCCAGGCUCGAACCGUCCGUGCGUGCUGCGCAGAGGCCGCGCCAUCUGUAGUACGGACGGGACUAUAGAUAUAGAUGGCACUGCAAGCGCCGUUAUAGAUGGCGCUACCAAACAAAAUGGCAGUUACGGUGGAAAUUCAAAUUGUGGUUCUAGCUUACACGCAAGUGAGAAACGAAGUUCAGAGAGCUACUUUCCGACUACCUAUCAACCGGGAAGGAGAGAAGAGUUGGAUGCGUCGCAAAACACAGCAUCCGAACAAGACCACGCCUCAUCAAACGCUGCUGACAUGACAACUCAAUCAACCGCACACAUGGCAGCGCAGGCUGAGCCCGCUCCAGCAAAGAUGUCGCCACCGUCGCAUUGCACCGACUGUGACGCAGAACACUCCGCUAUCGCCUGCCCAUUACAGCACCCGCACUGCUGGGCGCAAGACUCUCCUGGCGGCUGUGGCGCGGACACUCUGCCUGCCUGUCUGCGGAUAGAUGGCAGCACGGUGCGGGCCGGGCCGGACGGGGUGGCAGCAUACACCUUGUUUGGACCUCUGGUCGGUCGACCUGUGCGACCGGAGCACCUCGUAGAACCGGUGGACCUGAGACAUAUCUGGGAGGUGUACGGCGAGGGGUCGUUUCUGGACACCUCAGAUCCGGCGACCUCCUCGUGGUUUCGAAUGCUGCGGCCGGCGGCGCGGCGAUCGCAGCGCACCCUGGCGGUGGUGACUCGCCAGCGCCAUCUAUUUGCCGUCAGCACCUGCCACCUAGCGGCCGGAACGGAACUUACCUACUGGCAGGACGAUCCAGGGACUGUGUGGAGCGGGAAGAACAUGCUGAAAACGAGGUGUGGUGGCUGUAACAUGAAGUUCGAACAUCCGCUGUACUACCGGCGGCACUGUUCCCUGUUCCAUGAGCCGGGAACGCCGCUCACCGUCCGCAAAUACUACUGCAAGGUAUGCGGUGAGGCGGUCAUGGGUCGUCAGAAGCUCCUCCGUCACGCGCUGGAGAAGCACAACGGAGCCGGCGCCUACCAGUGUCAACACUGCGGCAAGUUUUUCCGUCGCCUUAGUUACCUGGAGCUGCACCGGAACCACGGCUGUGCGGCCAACCCGGAGCGGACCCAUCCGCUGUGCCACCUGUGUGGAGCCCGCUUCAGCCAGCCCCAGAAACUGCGGGCCCACAUCCGACGCGAACACUCCGAGUCUGACCCGUCCGUGUCUGAGUGCCGCUGCGCGCGCUGUGGUCGUCUGCUCGGCUGUCGGACCGCCCUGAGACGCCACCUGAGAGAGGUACACCCUCCUCCAGAGAGGGCGAGCGAGGCCGCCCUGCGCUGCAGCCGCUGCGGGAAACAGUUCCGCAACCAGUGCAACCUCAAGGUGCACAUGUUGACACACUCCGGAGUGAAGCCGUUUCGAUGCAGUAUAGCCGGCUGCGAGUCAGCCUUCACCACCAAGCAGUGUCUGCAGCAGCACUACGGCCGGGUGCACCAGCUGCGAGGCGGCGCCGUCCCUGCCAUCUCCCGCUCCGUGCCCUACACGGUGCGGGGGUACUCGGGCCAGCUGCCCGACCCGCCGCCCACCACCCGCCGCAGGCUCCUCUGCCGCGGGGACCGGCUGCGGUUCUCUGACUUCUCCGUGUCUAGGGACCUGCCGGAGCCGUCCAGCGGCCCGCGGCUGAUGCAGGACGCGAGUAGGUCGGAGUUGGAUUGUAUUGAGCCGAGUCUGAUACUGGGUGGUCACGGAUCGGGGACGAGUGGAGGGGAGAGGGGCGAUUCGAGAGAGGGGGCGGCAGACUGAUACUGUGGGACAGGACGCAGUGAUCUAAUGUGAUCAGCUUGGAUUGUUUUGUCUAUCGAGUGAGUGAAUGUAAUGAAGGAAGUCAAAUGUACGCUUCACGAUAGCCCUCACUAAUCGGAAGUUCAAUUGAACGAAACUUGUAUUUUAUGGCCAUGGGUAUGGUAUACUUCGACUUUGUCUGGUGCCUGCUGCUCAGGAACUUCGACAUAUUGUCUUUUGUCUCGAUGUGAUGCUUCUUGUCGAACAAACGCCCUUACCGACGUAAGAUGUACCUAAAUAUUGAAACAUGUGAUAUCUCACACGCUUCGUGCACCCACGACUCAUAUUGUGCAUCAAAUCGUUGUUGAGUGUCAUUGUUGUGCUCUGACUUGAGGUUAAAAAACUUCUGAAUGUUAGCUCGGCUCAAUCUGGAAGAAUCUUUGGCUCGGCAGUGGCACUAGCCCAAUAUACCUGCUUUUGUUAGAAUAAACUGAUGUCAUAUACCAGUUGUGUGUGUUUAAUUAUCUAAUAUCUUCCCAAUCGUAAGUACACAAACAACAGGCAUGAAAAAUACAGGCUUUUAUAUCGU